AUGAAGGAAAACAAUAAAUUCGUUAUGGGAGAAGAUGAGGCUGCAAAACCGACAGCAGAAGCCAUCAGUGCCUCGCCCUCCGCAAUCACAGCGGCUGCCAAUGCACAGCACAAAAGACCGGUAAGACACCACGUCAAGAGACGCUCAAGUGGCCGAGUUCACGUAGCCAAACUCGCUCCAAUGGUGAGAGCCAACAGCUCCAAUCACACUGAUACCGAAGCUGAUUACUAUGACGAACCCAAUUCAACAACAGAAUAUAGCAGACCUACAAUGAAACGAUCUCAAUCGCAGCGCUCAUUACAUAAAAUGUCUUUUGACAGGAAGGGAUUUGGCAAUCUUACAGCGGCUCGAAGGAAAUCCACAGCAUCCACUGCCAGUGAUAAAAUUAGUGUCUCUGAGAUAGCUCCAGCAACCACCACCACCACCACCACCCCUAAAGCAGUAGAAACAUUGAAAACAUUCUCGAGCAAUCCUGCUUCGUUGAGCAGCAGUAACAUUGCUGAGCCUGUAGAGAUUACCUUCAAUGCAGUAGCCAACAAUUUGGUUAUCCCCAAAAACGAACUGUUACCCACAAUUGCAUCUCCUUUAAAAUCAUCCACACAUCAUCACAGCAAUCCUGAAUUGACAGAUACACAACAACAGCAUUCAUCUACCACUACAAACACGACCAAGAAGCCGCUGCUUCGAUCUCAAUUUGUCAAUUCGUCUUAUGAAGAGCCCACCAUGACACUCACAUCUAACAAGAGACCCACUGCUUCAAACACCACUUUAUUCAAUCAAAGCAGAUCCAACUCAUCUUCCAACAGCAUGACCAAUGUAUCUCGCACACAGCAAAAACUGCUAUUACAAAAGCAACAAGCAUUAGUUGAAGAUGAGAACAGUCCAGUCCAUCCUCGCAAUAUGCACAAAUUGAACAGAGAAUUUGACAUGGUUGGUAGAGAAUAUAGAUGCAUUAAACGAUACGAGGAUCCCAUGCGAGUGAGUCUGAUGCGAUGUAUAGAAAAACUCGACUCUUUACCGCCACCAUCCUCAUCCUCACCACCACAAAAGCCUGUCAAUCCACAACUUGCUCGACUUCAAUCGGACGCCAGCCAGCACAGCACGUCCACAUCCAUUGUACCCACCAUCGCCAGUGCUGUUACUGCUGCUGCCACAAACACAAACACAAACACAAACACAAACACAAACAUUCCCCAUUUGGAGCAACGACAAAUAGCUCAUCGUCAUCAUCAUCUCAAAUCCAUCGCAUUAACCCGUACUACCAAGAAUUAUAAACGUCAAUCAACUAUAUCUCCCAACGUACUCGACAGUAGUUUAAAACAGACAUCAAGCAAUCAUGGUGGAAAUGUAUUUACAGGUUUCCCUUGGAACGCUGUUGCAAUUAUAGAUAGAAUAUUUAGUAAUACGCCUCAGCAGCACUGA